AUGAAAUUCCAGCCAGGGCUCCCCGCGAUGGUCCUCCUGACAACUUCGGAUGGCACCCUUGCUGCGGAAGCCCAGGGUUGGGGACGGCGAAGGAGACUCGUUUGGACCCCGAGCAAAAGUGAGGCCCUGCGAGUCUGCUUUGAGCGGAACCCAUACCUGGGCAUUGCCACCAGAGAAAGGCUGGCCCAGGCCAUCGGCAUUCCGCAGCCCAGGGUCCAGAUUUGGUAUCAGAAUGAGAGGUCACGCCAGCUGAGGCAGCACCGGCGGGAAUCUCGGCCCUCGCCCAGGAGACGCGGCCCGCAAGAAGGCAGGCAAAAGCGGACCGCCAUCACCGGAUCCCAGACCGCCCUGCUCCUCCGAGCCUUUGAGAAGGAUCGCUUUCCAGGCAUCGCCGCCAGGGAAGUGCUGGCCAGGGAGAUGGGCCUCCCGGAGUCCAGGAUUCAGAUCUGGUUUCAGAGUCGAAGGGUCAGGCACCUGGGAUAG